ACCCUCCCUCCUCACGGUCCCGUGCCCUUCCUGGUGGCUAGGGUUUCUUCUCUCGCCGAACCCUUUCCUGCUCCUUCUCCUUAUCUUACUAGGGUUAGAUUUUGUAUUCUCCGGAGGAUUUUUCAGGCUUGCCUUUUGCUUGGUUUAGGGUUUUAUCCUUCUCCUACGUUCCCAGGAUGAUGCAGCCACAGCCGAUGAAUCAGCAACACAUGCAGAAUUCGGCGAUUCCUGUGCCGCAACAGCAGUGGGCGAUGAUGCAGCAGGCUCCUCAUGCUCUUCACGCGCAGUAUCCACAGGCCCAGCCUCCGACAAUGUGGAAUCAGCAGCCGUCGCAGAUCCCUCCACCGGUGCAGGUGCCGGCGCCACAGCAGCAUCAGCUCCCUCCGCAGCACAUGUCGCAUUACGCGCCACAGACCGGCGGGAUGACUACAGGACAGAUGCAGCAGCAGCAGCCGUCUCAGGGGUCUUCUGAUGAGAUUCGGACACUUUGGGUAGGGGAUUUGCAGUAUUGGAUGGAUGAGAACUAUAUCUACAAUUGUUUUGCUCAGACCGGAGAGGUUUUAUCUGUGAAAAUAAUUCGUAAUAAGCACACCCAACAAUCAGAGGGUUAUGGUUUUAUUGAGUUUGCAUCUCGUUCAAUGGCACAACAAGUUCUUCAGACAUAUAAUGGUCAGAUGAUGCCUAACACUGAGCAGCCCUUCAGAUUAAAUUGGGCCUCAUUGGGGACAGGUGAGAGACGAGGGGACGAUGGUUCUGAUUAUACGAUAUUUGUUGGUGACUUAGCUUCAGAUGUUACGGAUUACCUCUUACAAGAAACAUUCAAAACUCGCUAUCCCUCUGUUAAGGGGGCCAAAGUUGUCACAGAUAGAGCAACUGGACGUUCGAAAGGUUACGGUUUUGUUAAGUUCGGAGAUUUAAAUGAGCAGACUCAUGCUAUGACUGAAAUGAACGGAGCUUUUUGUUCUUCAAGGCCCAUGAGGAUUGGUGCUGCAUCUAACAAGAAUAAUGCAGGUAUUCAGCAGCAAAAUCCUACAAAAGCAUCUUACCAAUCUCAACCAGGAACUGAUUCUGAGAAUGAUCCAAAUAAUACCACUAUAUUUGUUGGUGGUCUUGAUUCAAGUGUUACUGAUGAUCUCUUACGGCAAGUAUUUAGCCCAUAUGGGGAAUUGGUUCAUGUGAAAAUUCCUGUUGGAAAACGUUGUGGAUUUGUUCAAUUUUCAAACAGAGGAAAUGCAGAAGAGGCCCUUCAGAUGCUAAAUGGAACUCCUUUGGGUGGUCAGAAUAUUCGACUUUCAUGGGGUCGAACUCCUGCAAAUAAGCAGUCACAACAGGAGCAAAACCAAUGGAAUGGUAAUUAUUAUGGAUAUUCUCAGGGCUAUAAUGCAUAUGGAUAUGCCCCACCGCAACAAGAUCCGAACAUGUAUGCAUAUGCAUCGUACCAGGGGUAUGGAAAUUAUCAACAGCAGUCAAAUCAACCGCAGCAGUGAUACUCUGCCUGCAGCAGAAAUGAAUUUGCCUGCCAUUGGACUCGAAUUAUUGCGAGGAAGGAUGUUGGGGAGCGGUGGACUUCGGCGAGGAGCUGCGUAAAAUUUAUAUUUUGCACCUUUUAAUUUUGUUUCCUUUCUCUGUUUAAAAAUGGAAUCUUAUUUAUGCUGUGUGCUAAUCUGCCAUAUUACCGACAUGGUGCUUUAUUGCAUGCGACGAGUGAAGUUUCUCUUUUUUCUGUUUGAGAUAUUUACUGCUUUUCCUACUCGAGUGUUUGAUUGUAUUAUUAGAUUGAGCAGAAUUUGAGGUAUGGUUCUGGUUAUAUGAAUAUAUUACUAGUACACUCUCA